AUGCCGGGACUUAUCCCCCUCCGUAUGAGCACGCUCAUUCCAGCUUCCAAAUAUACAUACUCUAUCUCAGAAGGGAAAUCCAACCAGACAUACAAUGAUAGAUCCUGGAAAUCGACGCCGUCCAGACCGCGAGAAAACGAGGAGGAUCGGCGCACAGCGCGACAACGGACAACUCCUGCGCCAAUCGUCGCCUCUAAACCAACCCCUUCAACGCCUGAGCAGUGGAAGAGAGCGCUGGGCGAUGUGAAGAGAGACUUCAACAACCGAAAGUAUCGCCAAUGCUCAUUGCGAUGCCAUGAACUGCUCGGCGACAUCAAGGACUCAAACAAGCCGGAGACAGCAUGCCUCAUCUACAUCCGCUUUUAUGCGGCUUCUGCCCUUGAGAUGCAGGUCCGCUCACUCCCACCCAACUCUCCGCACCGCACAAAGCUGCUCUACCAAGCCCGCGAUCACUAUCGCGUCGCCGCCCACCUCAUCAGAGAAGAUGAGGCUACUAAGCGACGUCCCUCCUCUCGCUCUCUCCCCUCGUUGACUAGCCACCACACUCCUUAUGGCUCAGACGCCUCAAUCUCCACGGUCUCUACCAGAAUUUCCUCUUCCUCGCUAUCGAUCAGCUCCCUCGAUAGCUGUUUGAAAAGCCGCAACAGUCGACCUAAGCCGAAGAAGCGCGUCGCUUUCUGUGACGUGCCGUCUUAUGAGCCUUCUCACGAGCCAGCCUACGAGUCUAGCUAUGAACCCAUCGUGCGCCCAGACUCUCCUACCCUCGGAUUCGACGACGACUGGGGCGUUCGCCAGCCGACUCCGGAACCUCUGGCCCUCUACUCUCAGCCUCUCCGGUCCAGCUCCGGGAGGCCGCAGUUCCCACUCCCUUCCCCCACAAACUCCGAGUUCAGCGUCGUCCAAGAUGACGAUAACUAUUACGAUACUCCCGCAGCUGCGGACAGCUUCCUCCAUGCCCGCUCCGUCCACCACUACUGCACCGUGCUUUCGGACCUGCAGCGGCAGAUCGCCUCUCACCUGGAAUGGUUGGAGCGCGACAUUGCCGCCGCAGAGAACCCCAAGCCCACGCCUGCCCUGAGCGAAGAAAUGCGCGCUCUUGAGCUGCAGACGCGGAUCGAGCGGCUGAGGGCCAACGGCUGGAAGCGACAGCGGUUCGACUUCCGCAAGUACGAAGCUCUUCGAGAGAACGCCUUGGCAGAUAUCAACUGA